AUGGCCGAUCUCAUCGAGACGUUCUCCGAAAAGCCCUCCAUCCUGGGGCAUGCAGGUGAUACCAGCUCCGUGCAAACGACAGUUGCGAACAAUUCCGCGAUGAAACUCGGCCGCAUUGAUCUUCCAGAAUUUUCCGGUGACCGUUUAAAGUGGUCUCAUUUUUGCGAUAUGUUCAAGACUCUCGUGAUAAAUAAUUCGUCACUAAAUGGGAUCACGUGGUUGCAUUACUUGAUGUCCAAGCUUAAGGGCGAUGCCGCCGCUUUAUUGCGUAAUUUUAAAAUCACCAAAAAUAAUUUUGAGCCCGCAUGGAAGGCCUUGACGGACAAAUAUGCGAAUACGCGUCUGAUUAUUAAUUCUUAUUUGCAAACGAUCGUUGAUCUACCGAUUGUAAAAACCGAAUCAGCUAGCGCGCUUCGCAAUCUACGCGACGAGUGGCAGAUGGAACUGGGGGAUUCGUACGAUCCUCCUGAAUUAGACACGUUUCUAAAGUUUAUUUCAAAGCGAAUUAGAGGUCUCGACGACGAUAAUCCUUUGACUUCAAGCGAUAUUGUAUCCGAAAGGUCGUGUAACUUUAAGGCGAAAAUUUAUACUGCAAAUAACGCGUCCGUACAAGAUUCCCGGAAAUGCCCGGCUUGCUCGGAAAAACAUUUACUCUUUCGAUGCAAUCAAUUCGUCCCCUUGGACAUUGAUCAACGUUUCGCCCUAGCAAAAAAGUUAAAAUGUUGUACGAAUUGCUUGCGACUCGGUCAUUCCGUCAGCGCGUGUAAAAAUCCACAGAAAUGCUUCAAAUGCGACAAAGCACAUCAUACGUAUUUACAUCGCGAUAACAAGAGUAAUGAGAGCAUGCCUUCUUCCGACAAUCGCUCCGCUGACGCAAGCGUAGUGAAAACACAAAUUACCAGUCCGACAGUGCUCACUGCGUCAACGUGUCUACCGAAAAAUUCUACCGUGCUCCUCGCAACCGCGUGGGUGAAUUUGCGUACCCGCAAAAAUCGAAUAGUACGAGUACGCGCGUUACUCGACCAAGGAGCUACUCAUACGUUUAUCACGGAGACAUUGGCUCAAUUGCUGCAUACAUCCCGCCAACGGACGACUUUGCCCGUGACGUGUUUCGGCGAACGAUAUUCCGGCACGGCGAAAACGAUGAUACGACUUUCGCUCAAGCCGUGCGUAACAAACGACAUUUCUCUCCCAGUCGCGGCCUACGUGUUUAAUUGGAUCACGUCGUACGGUGCUUCGAAACGUAGCCCAGUCCCUGACUGGCCGCAUUUACAAAGACUUGAUCUCGCUGAUGCUGAUCCCACCAAUCGGACUCCGAUACAGAUAUUAAUCGGAGCGGACCUUUACGGAGCCACAUUACUAGAUGGCCUUCGAAAAGGUCCGUUCGGCAGUCCCACGGCCCAGUCAACGAUCUUUGGUUGGAUUGUCACUGGCCCUUCUAGUGAUAACGAUUCCAAUGCAUCUGUUUGCGUGGCAACUGUCAAUACUAUGGACGUUGACCUCAACCAAAUUCUCGUGCGAUUCUGGGAGACUGAGAAAGUUCUCAUGAAACCGAGCUCUACUGCGGACGAGGAGAAAUGCGAGCAUCAUUUCCGUAACACUCACGCGAGAGAUGAGAGCGGGCGAUACAUCGUUCGCCUUCCCUUUAAACAAUUUCCUCCACGUAUUGGAGAUUCACGCUGCAUCGCGACUCGAUUGUACGACAGACUCGAGAGGCGGUUAUCGCGCGAUGCUAGUCUCGCUACGUCAUACGAUGCGUUUUUUCAGAAGUACCUAGACCUAAGACACAUGGAGUUGGUCACCGGUCCAGAAUUGUCUCACGACCCCGUCGUCUACCUACCGCAUCACCCCGUCGUGAAGAGCGAAAGUUUGUCGACUAAAUUGAGGAUUACAGAUAUGCAUCCCGAGGAGGCCGAUUACCAGCGCAUUCUGUGGCGACCGUCAUCACAGACGUUUCUCCAGUCGUACCGUCUACGUACCGUUACGUAUGGCACCGUUCCCACUCUAUACCUCGCGAUACAAGUAUUGCACCAGCUGGUCGAAGAUGAAGGUCAUCGAUUUCCUCUUGCUCGUUCCAUUCUGCUACACGAGAAUUAUGUCGAUGACAUUUUAUUUGGUGCCCACGAUAUUGACACGGCCAAUGCCAUGAGAAUCCAAUUAGUCAAUAUGCUCGCGGCGGGCGGAUUCCGUCUGCGUAAGUAG